UGUCGUCUAACAAGUUCUAAUAAGACAAUUUGAAUUUCUGAAACAUCAAAAUUCGACAUUUUAGUGCAGUUAAUAAAGCUUAGUUUCGAAAUUUUUAGGAAACUAUGGAUCGCAGCGUCAAAGAAACUAUAAUGAAACUAGUUAAAAGACUAGCGGAGGAAGAAGGAAAAAUCGAUCUAUACCUUAAGAAACAAAUUGAAACUGCUAUUAGGGCAUAUAACAUGAUGAACUUAAAAAUGAAAAGCUCUCGGGAACAGAAGGACUGUUAUAUCUUAUUAGAAGAGGCAAGGAAAAAACUGCAAAAUCUGAAAACAGUAAAUCACGAACUUUCCCCCGCGAUGAUUUCUGAUAGGGAAAUCAACAUGAUGCAGCAAUACUUGCUAGAACUUGAAAAUACUAUGGCCAAAACUAGAACAGAAAAAUAUGCAGAAGUCUUUGUUAGAGCCAUCACAUACGCAAAAUACUUGGAAAGACUGAAUGCGCUUCACGACAAAGAACCGGGCCAUUUGUCUACGUUGUUCGUAAAAUUGUUUGUACAUGCUCCAUAUACUAAAAUUUCAGAAUCACUUGAAGAAAUAUCGGCGAAGAUAUAUCAUGUUCGUUUUGAUUUAGACAGAUGCGAUUUUGAUAAUAAAAAGAUACAUCUGCAAGAAAUUAAAGAAAAAAUGGUGAAAAUUAUGGAUGCAAUUGGGACUCUCGAACGGAGAUCAGCUCAAAUACUGUACGAAAUUGAAGAAAAAAUUGUAGAAGAAGACCCGGACCUCGCACUGGACAAACUAAGUGAUGAAAUUAACAACCACUGGACAUCUCUGCCAGACUUACCUCAGUCAAAAAGCGCUCUGAAAAUUAUUAAAGAAAAGAUGUCACAUUUGGAACAGCGUUUUGAUAAAAUUCCAGCUAGGAAUGAUGCAGCACGACAGAAAAAGAAACACCUUAAGGAAAAAAUUGUCUUUAUUUCAGAAAAUUUGAGUCAAAUGGACAAGGACGUUGGUAUAUUGCUUCGCGCAGAAAGUCAAAUAUCUGAAAUUCUUGAAUCAAAUGAAGAUCCUGUAAACAAGACAAAUGACUCAGAGUCAUUAUUAAAAAAUGUACGAAGAGUCAAUAGCAUCAAUAAAGCAGUUAAAAGAAACACGAAUCAAAUUGCAAACAGAAUAUCAUUAUGUAUUACAGUGGAAAAAAUGAAUUAUUUGCGUCAAAAGCUGGCAGUGAUCGAAGAAUAUAAAAAUUAUGGAAGACAGUUUGCUUUCCCAAAGGGUAUGAAAAUCUAUGACGUCCGAAAGAAAGAAAUAGAAUCACUUUCAGAUAAUUUUGAUUGUCUAGAUAAAGACAACCAAAUGUUUAAAGCUAGACUAGAUGUUAUUUAUGCAAGAAUUCAAGAAGCUAUAAGAGAGUUAGAAAAGAAAGCCAAUGAGAAUGACAAAACAAUUUCUAAACUUAUAGAACUGAAUAGAAUACAACAAGAAAUUUCAGAUGGCCUUGGGCAACCAAAAUCACUGUCUGUGUUUAAUGAUAUCCGAGACCGGAUUCAAAAUGUAGACGAUUUUAGUUUUAGAGUGAUCGGAAAAAAACGAAAGAUUUUACAACAACUACAUCAUCUCGAAAUGGAAGUCUAUAAAAAAUAUUUUCCAGAAAUUGCACCUGAAAUACAAGAAAAUUUGCGUAACUAUGAAGUAUUAACACAAUACCUGAGCAGUUUAAAUAGAGAUAAAAACUCUCUGACUAGUCAAGAAAUUACAACAAAAAGAGCAGCCAUAGAAGAAUUAAUAAAAACUAAAGUCAAAGCACCACACUGUGAGGUUCUCCAAAUCUUGUUUCGUACAUUUUUUAACCAAAUGCAACGCCUUUUGCAAAAACGAGAUGAGCUCGACAGUUUAAUGACAGAAAUUAAUAAUAUCAAUAACGACUUCACGGAAUUGUCAAAAUUUAAACCUUCGAGUACAGAGAAAAUUAAAAAUAUGAACGCACUUGAAAAAAGAGUGGGUUUAUUAAAAUUUAACGCUUCCAGAAGCGACUUGUUGACAAUUCUCUUUCAAUUUAAAGACCAAAUAAAAACCGAAAGAGCUAUAAUCAAAAUUCAUGAUAGUGUCAGUAUUUUCGUGGAACAGCUUAGUACCAGUAUUAAAAGUUUAAGUUCCUCUGACUUGAGCAAUACCGCAGUGGUUGCCGCCGUUACGGAAGUUCUAAUUUUAAAAGAAAGUGUAGAGGAUCUGCCGGAAGGGAAUGCUCAAUUAGAUAAUCAGAAAAAAAUAAUUUUGCAACAAUUGUAUUCGCUGUUGUACGGUGUUGAUCAACACUUGGCAAAAUUUGCUUUCAAGCAGCGAAACCUUAAACCUUUUAUAGAUGAGGAAAACUACUGCAGCACUUUUGAAUUUGCCGAUGUUUCAAACAAGGGUAGCGUGGAGUUUGUCCAUAAAAUUUACUCUUAUGCAAAGACGUUGGAAAGUAAAAUCGAGUGUUUUCUUGGAGAAAAAAAUUCGAUCGAUUUCUAUAUAAUUCAUGAAAAUUUGGUGCGAUUUUCCGAAGAACUUUUCCAAGUAACAAGUAAUGAUAAAGAUGUUGUGAGUGAAGUUUUAAAGGUGACGUCUUAUCUGAAGCAGCUGAAAUCACAAUUGUGUAGUAAUACUUUUUGUUCUGAUUAAACUGGAAGCGUGUCAAGAACGUUGUAUAUAAAAAUAAGACUUUAUCUAGAUUAUUCAUUAAAAUACAA